GGGCAUGCGCGAAUACCCGAUCGCGAUCGAUAUAAGGUUAGUGUCCGGAGGAGAAGUUGCAGCUCAGCUAAGCGUGAGAAUGGAUGUGGUGAAGGUAAUUUUAUUGGUUUUUGGUGUAUUAGUGAUUGCUGCAGCACAGCAGACUCCUGGGGUGUGCUCAAGGAUAGGAAGUGGAAUAGUUACUGUCAGUUACAGUACAGCAUCGCAAUAUUCUACGGGCUACAGGUGUGGAGCGUUUGGUUGGUCACGUUGUACCCGGUAUGGACUUUACUACCACACACUAUAUGGACACCAAACAGUUUACCAUACUGUACAAGAGUGUUGUUAUGGGUAUCAUGAUCCAGGAGGAGGAAUCAACUGCGUGUGUAAGAGGGUUCAUUAUAGAUACCCAGACUGACUGAUCUUGUGGUGCAUCUAUAUACAGUGUAUUGUGAUCCUCCGUGUGAGAACGGAGUAUGCAAUUUUGGCACUGAGAGCUGUGACUGCUCUCCUGGAUACACUGGGGGUGCUUGUCAGGAUGGUAAAAAGUUUUUGGCUGGCCAUGAUUUAAAACUGUGAUCCAAUGCAGAUAUUGACGAGUGUGACAACAAAAAUGGCGGUUGUGAUCAGAUUUGCACCAACUCGGUUGGCAGUUAUAGCUGCUCGUGUCGGAGUGGAUUUCGUAUUCCACCAUCAGAUCCCAGUGCAUGUAGUGACAUUGAUGAGUGUGAGGGUGAUCACGGCUGCAGUCAGAUCUGCACAAACACUCCAGGAUUUUACUUCUGCAACUGCCAGCGUGGUUUUCAACUGGUGGGCACCACUGAAUGUGAAGAUGUAGAUGAAUGUACUCUACUACCCAAUGGAUUCUGCAACCAGGUCUGUGUCAACACCGAUGGAUCUUACCACUGUGACUGCAGAGAUGGAUAUCGACUACAUGGAACCUCUCUCUGCCAUGAUAUUGAUGAGUGUGCAGAGAUGAGUGACAAUUGUAACAGGGUUGGACCCACACCAGCAGAGUGUAUCAAUACCGAGGGUGGCUAUGAGUGUAGCUGUAGUCAGUACACUGGCUACCGAGUCUCUGCUGACGGCAUCACCUGUGAAGAUGUUGAUGAGUGUGCAGAAGGGAGCCACGUCUGCUCCAUGCUGUGUGUGAACACUCCUGGAUCCUACCACUGCUCCUGCCCCGAGGGCUACGAGCUUGAUGAGGAUGAAGUAACCUGUCACGAUAUUGAUGAAUGUGAGAGGAUGAUUAGUGGAUGCCAGCAUUCCUGCACCAACACUGUUGGUAGCUUUGUCUGCACAUGUGAUCGUGGCUACCUCCUCUCACCUGAUGCUCUCUCCUGUGAAGCUCUAAGUUGUGAUCCAACACUGGAGGCCCCUCCUAAUGGAACCAUUGACUGUGACAGACAGACGGUGGGAGGGGCCUGCAACUUCACCUGUGACGAGGGGUUCACUCUGAGGGUAGGAGAGAGACGCACCUGCCUCCCCUCCCUCAUGUGGAGGGAAAGACCCGCCAUAUGUGACCCUCCAACCUGCCCAGAGCUGGAACCUCCACUGAAUGGUUUUGUUGUCUUCCCGUGCACCAGAGAGGAAGGACACUCAUGUGAUGCUGUAUGUGCUCAUGGGUACAGGGCUAUAGGUUCCACGGUCCGCACCUGUAUACGAGACUCCACAACUGACACUUUAGCCUGGAGUGAUGGACCACAGUGUGUGGUAAGUGACCCGUGCUCCCCCGAUCCCUGUGCCAAUGGAGGGACCUGCAUGAGAGGCAGUGGUGACCCAUUUACCUGUGCUUGCAAUGGUACUGGUUACGGCGGACCAACAUGCGAGAUAGCUGUGAUACGGUUUUCACCCCUUCAAACAAAUGCUGAUGGAUCUUCCAUCAUCCUUGAGCUGAGCACUGAGGCAACACUAAGGAGAUCAAGUGAAAUAAUUAUAGUCACAUUAAGGGAUUCUGGUGGGACACGCACAGCUGUACUGAGACUUAGAAGGGACACCAGAAAUGUCAGACAAACCGUGCCAUCCACAGUUGGUAUAAUGAUAGUUACAUUACCGAAAAACAAGAACGAGUUCCUAUACGAGCCUCGGGAGAGGAGGGUGUUCAUUUCCAGCGGAACAGGAAAUGAGGAAACAUAUUUCAAGCAGCUAAGUCUCCCCAGAGGCCAGUUGAAGCCAAGCUGCUGUGCUGCAGAUGAUCAUGUGACCAUCUCGUGUCCUGGAGCUACUACCAUGACCAUCUCACUAGUCUCUCCCUGCCAGUGGAGCACCAAUAAAGCUCGUUUCACCAGGACCAUUGGCAGUGUCUUUGCUCAGAGCAGCGAUCUGAUUCUUCCAACAUCAAUCUCAGGAUUACGCUAUCGAAAUUCUCCUUAUCAAAACAGUGUCAGGAAUAGUGUGGGUGCAUGUGAGCCCUGCGAUACGUGUGCGAAUGAUGACGACGACAAAUGUUACUGCUAUGCUCACACUCCACAAAACACACUGGAAUUUCUGCAAACUAGAGCUUUAGGGUUCACAUACGUUAAUGAGAUCCAGAUGUUACUUCCGUCAUGGCUAGAAAUGUCCGUUGACUUGGAGAACAUUGUAGAUUCUAGUCCAAUCACAGAUCUUGACAUGUUUGCACCAAUCACUCAAGCCAACGAAGAGGUUUCCUCAAUUGAAGGCUGUGAGCAACUAUCUACUCUGAUGAGUGGUAUAUUUUCAGUGCUGAGACAUGAUAAGACAAUUUCAGCUGUCAUUGAUGGUGAGAGAUACAAUUACACUGAGAGACUAAACAGUGGGGACAGCGACACUACAAUGUGCUUUGCUGUUGAUAUGUGCCAAGGACUUGAUUCCCCAGUUCACAUGCAAAUCUCCCAGCCCAUAAGUGACAUUCUUGCUUCUCAAUUCUUGCGUCAUUUCACCAGCCGUCAAUGGACCUUUGUCUUUAACAAUGUCUCGGUGUUUAAAAAUGCCAUGCCUCGUCCCGCUACUAGACAGUUUUGGAAUGGUGUAGAGAGUAUUAAAACACCAGACGUACUAGCCGAUGUAUCUAUGGACAUUGACGCAGGCCUAGUUUUUAGUGACACUGGCCUGGCAAUGAGGCUCGAGUUCUCUGGAACAGUAGACACUAACUAUGAGGACAAGGUAGGAUACCUAGAAGGUGGUGUGACACUAGCAGUAGACAGUACCAUUGAUGCUGGUGAACAAAAUUUCCAACUCACCCGGAGCAAUACUAAUGCCUACUUUCACAUUAGCGAGGUAGGAGAUCCAUGCAGAGCACAGGACACAGAUCUCUAUGGAGUUUCAUUCAUGGCUAGUUAUGAACCUCAGCCUGGUGAGCAGUUCUUCACUCGACUUCUUAGAUUCACUGAAACUACUCAAAAGUGUGACUUUGAAGCCUUCAUUCCUAUUAACAGUGAUUACAGAGCUCUUGGGCUCAGUCUACACACUGAGUGUCCCCUGCUUGCAGUUGACGAGCUUAUCUUUCCCAAAAUGACACACACAAUCACUUUCAUAGGGUCGAGAGCACCCGACUGCCUAGUUAGAAGCUUUAUUGGUGUGUCUAGUCCAGGUCUUGUGGUUGAGUCAGAGUUGAUUAGUAAUCGCCUACCUCUUGGCAAUAUCCUUGAGCUUAAGGCCAGUCCCAAUGGGCCAGAUCUGACAACAGUCUUUGACAGGAACACUGCUAAUGGACCUUCUUCUAGAUUACAUAUGGUCCAAGUGGCCCUGUUUGGUGAGAUUUUUCUGACAGAGGCAAAUAUCCAGAACAAUCAAUUGGAGAUAUCAGCUAAUAGCCCUGUCUUUGGAUAUCCAGCUCAGUACACCAUCACUGCACCUUCCAACAUGACUGACUGGAAUGAUCUUGAAUACACACUCCAGGGUUCACUUCUCUCAGGUUUCAUUACCAGCUUGUCAGCGGAAAUUGUGAGUAAACUAAGAACGUUAGCUCAAUCAGGUGAUGCGCGUAGGAAUGUGGCUCAGAUGUCUCUGGAUCAGUCGAUGGAGAGGUUUGAGACUAUUGAGGCUAAGUUGAUGGAGGCAGAAGAAAAUGUCACACGAGCGGAACAAGAGAGAAUGGCUGCAGAUGCCAUGGUUCUCACCGCUCAGGAUAGGGUGACGGAAUUGGAGACACAAUUCAACAGUAGUCAGGACGAAUUGCGUGAUUUGAUGGAGAUGCUGGAUGGACUGUGCCAGGAGGAGACCUGUGAAGACGUCUGCAUGGCUGGAAAGGUCUGUAGAGAUUGCACAAGGCCAAACUUUAUAACAAAAACAGGAGACUGUCCCUUUAAAGUGCAAGUUGCUAGAAUGGUUCGCGUCCCUCCUUAUGUUGUUGUGGUUCCUGGAUCAUGGACAUGGGUACCGGCAUGUCGCUUCUCAAGUUACCUUACCUGCGCUGGGGGCCUACUGUGUCAAAUAGAAAAUCGAGGUUACUGUUCAGGAGUGUGCACUAGGGUUCCCAGAUUCAAAGAACAUAUUGAGUGGAGAACUGUGUAUGAUGAAAUCGUCGAAAAUAAGCCAUGCACAGUCAAGAAAUUCACUGGAUUUGUACCUGGGACAUGCUGCGAAGACAUGGACUGUGCAGUGUUUGCCCCAAGUCCGACCUGCAUCACAGACAACGCUAUGUGUAGGUCGCGUCGACAAAAUGCAAUAGACGAAAGAGAGAAUCUGAGUGACUGAGACUCGAGAGCUAUUCCAACAGCUCUCAGAUGCCAGGAAGAGCCUGUCAUUGGCCAGAACUGCUGCCAAGAAGGCAGGAGUCAACUAUGACAAAUACGUACAAAGGAGGAAUCAAAUCCAGAUGAGUCACAACAGACUCAGUGAUGCACGCGGCACCUCCACGACAGUGUACGACAUUACAUUGGAAGAGAUAGAGCCGCUCCUGAGAAUACACCGAGCUGGGACCAGCAGUGGCUUUGAGGACAUCUUCCGAAUCAACAGUGUCACAUUCGACACAAAGAUAACCACGAGUCCCUUGGCUCUGGGCCUCACGGUCAACUUUGAGAAACUGAUCGAGAACGAUAACAGGGUGUUUGAAGAGACGUAUGGGUAUGUAGCUCAGAGGAGGGAAGCAAAUCUGGAGCGAAUUGCCAACAGUAUCAUUGACCUUGUGUUCACAAGCACCUCCAAGAGAUCCACGACACUCCAUGUGAGAGUAGGUAGGCAGGCAGAGGAGGAGCUAACUGAGAGAAGAGUGUUUGAGUCUCGUUGUGCACAGGCCACAAACACUCUUCUAUUCCUUGAGGAGAUCGAGACCAGACUCAAAGAGGUUCAGGAGAAUAUCACUGCAUCUCGCGACGGUACGAACCAACUCUCGCAGAACUUGACCGACCAGGGCAUGGCGGGAGACGAAGAGAUCGAGGCCUACCUGGAUCUCAUAAGGGACUACGAGGACGUAUCACUGGAAGCUGUGCGGACACUCGAGGAAACAAUACUCUCAGACUGGCAGGCCAGUAUGGAGCUGCUGUACUCCCAGUCCGGGUCGGUAGGUGAGGUCAGCUGUGACGGAUUUGCCGACUGUCUCCAGACAGCCAUCGAUGAGCUCCUGAACCUGAUUGGUCUGACGCCUGCUAACGAACUCGGUGAGGAGUUUGUCUCCCUGCAGCCUAGCAUCGGGACGGCCGAGGAACAGGCACUGGAAUUAGCUCUCUUCUCCAACAUUUCCGUUGACGAUGGAUUGACCAGGAUAGCUCCAAUUAUCGGCAUUACGAGGGCUUACGUUACAAAAAACUUCUGGUGCAACGACCCUCCUGUAAUUGUCACUCAACUGCCACCUGAAGUUAACAUAUCCCUGGGGGACACCCUGCAAUUAUCAUGCGAGGCACAGUCAAAUCUAACCUUUACAUACGAAUGGAGGAGGGACGACAAUGUACUUCCACAGUUCACAACUAAUGUUCUCACCAUCUCAGCCAUACAGAGGCUCGACUCGGCCAACUAUACCUGUUAUGCCAACAACCCAGUCGGGACAGCUGAGACAAUCCCGGCCAGUGUGAACGUCUACGAACUCCCUCAGUUCUAUCUCGAUCCGGUCCCCGUAGUGACCUACCUUGGUGAUGAUGCCGGGGCCUGGUUUGCUUGUAAUGCAACAGCCUGGCCCUACCCAGGCAUCUCAUCCCUCCUGAUAGAGAUUGGGAUAUAAUUGAAGGGGAGGACACCAAUGAACUACUUAUUCUCAACCCCCAGGAGGAACACCAGGGCUGGUAUGCUUGUGAGGCUUUCAACUUUCAUGGCAGCCUUCGCUCUGAAGCUGUUACUCUAACACUUCUUCCUCUCAGUGUUACCCAGCAUCUCAUCCCACUUGAAUUCUCCAUAGCCAUCACCAAUCACUCUUGUAGUCUGGGUGAUCUAUAUGACUCCGUAUACAUGCUCUUGGAAGAAACCAUUGCCAGUGAAACAGUCACCAUUGAAGACUACAAUGUUACAGAGAUCGAUGUAACAAGCCAUGUGAUAUCCCUAAAUAUACUAAGUCGAGAUGUCACCACGCCAUACUUACACCAGAUGGCCUAUGACGAGAUAGCAAACCUGGCACUCCCACACACACAAAGCCUCAUGAGGAGUAUCGACAUGAUCAGAAAUGUCCUGGAUGGGGGAGACAUUGGUAACGGUGUUUGUCCAGGGACAGGUGACCUAUCAGUUGAAGAGGGAUCUGUGGUAGUCGGGAAAAGAACGUAUGUGUGUCCACCAGGGCAGAGGCUCAACACUGACUACUUGCUCUGCUUGAGUUGUGAGAGAGGGAGAGUCUCAGUAGAGACAGAGCUCUCCAGGAUAGUGAAUGGUGUAGGGUACAGUGAGAAUGUCCCGGUGUGUCAGGCGUGUCUCCUGGACACCUACUCAGACACACUGGGAUCCCCGGCCUGCCUCUCCUGUCCAAAAUACCACACCACAGACUCCACUGGGGCCACCUCUAUCCACAAUUGCUUGCCGCAGCCACUGGUGCUGGAGUGUAGUGCUAGUACCACCAGUGGCCAUGUCACCAUCGACUGCAAGACCAACAGACGGGUUCAAAAGACACUCUGCUCUUUCAAUGAUGGCGUCCAACACUUGUGUUCAUAUCCAGUGGACAUCAAUCGAGAUGUGUCUCCUCUUGGCAACCAUUCCCUCACCAUCUCAGUCGAGGAUGACGAGGGAUUCACAGCAGAGGCAAUGGUCUCUUACUUCCUUCAGGAGGACAUCAAACCAACUGCUCCAGCAGCAGUUCCUCCACUGGUGGUGUCACUAAUCAACGGCUCCCCUCUAGUCCGCAACGACUCAGUGGAGGUGGACAUAUCUCUCUCACGACCGGUCCAGUCCCUUGUCUGCACACUGCGAGGAGACUCUGACACGAUUGAGAAAGAUUGUUCCGGCGGACAUGUUGUGUUUGAGUCUCUCAACUCCACACGCUACACACUGAGAGUGGUGGCCACAAACCGCCACCCCGACACGGAGUUCAUCAAGAGAAGAUUUGAGAUAACGAGUGACCCUCAGCGAUGCACCCUCUACCUCAUCAACAGGGGAAUCACAGUGUCGGGAGAUAGUGCCACUGUCGAGUUUUCUGGGAGGGGCCCGGCCAAUGGAUACCACUGUGUCCUUGACAAGAUUGAGUCUUUUGAAUGUUCCAGCCCCGUGAAGCUGAGUGGACUGACUCCCGGAGAGCAUCUCCUCAAAGUGGUAGCAGUUGGUUGCAGAAACAGAAUGAACCUCAAGACCAAAAUCCUUAUACCCUGACUUAUACCCUGACUCAAAGGCUAAUGAAUAACUGUAACGUAUAGCUCUAAAUAGAACUUUUGUCAGAGAUUUUUUGCCAAAGGGCAAGGACUAACAAGAGCUAAGCUAUGAUAGUUUCUGUUUCUGUAUGUAACUUGAACUCUGGAUACAGUUUGUUCUUGCAAUGACUACCUAU